GUCAAAGGCGAAGAUCCGGCCGAGGUCAAGAUAAGGGCGGGAUAAUUACUCCCAAACCCAAUCCAGAGGGACCUGCCUGAACAGGUAAAAAGUUUUUUGACUCAUUCUACAUAUAUACAAUUUCCACGUCGAUUGAAGAUUUGAGCCGGACUCAAUUUUGGCUUUGAAGAAUUAAAUCCUUGUUUUCUUCAAUCAAUAAGCUUAUGACUGUUUUCCAGAGAAUUCCAUAUUGUCCUUUUUCGAUUUUCCGAUAAAUAUUGCAAGCUUGUCGAGUUUAGCAUUUCACCCUUAUUGCUUUUGUGCAGUCCGUAUCGUUUUCUUCAUUCGUCCAAUAUGCAUCAGCGAUUGUGCAGACAAGAGGACUUCUCAGACAUGGCCACUCUCAGUGCCUCUGCCUUCAAGGCAGAUGGCUUGUUUGCCUGGUUGCAUCCGCGGAGUGACGUCUAUUAUGGUGAUUUCCGCCGGUAUUUUAUCAACCGCAACAAAACACUCUUUAAUAGUUGUGGUACGAUAAUAUGGGUAAUGGUUACGGAUGAGAAAGAUGCACAUUGGACGGGUAAAAGCGAAAUAAUGGGGUAUGCGGUCUGGAAGCGGCACGGUCAAACCGAGACUGCUAAGGCAUGGCAGAGGGAUACACUUGGAAUGAAGCUUGAGCGCAUGCUCUUGAAAGCAGAGGACACCUUUGCAUGGGCAAUAGGGUCCGAUCGCUCAGUGUCAUGGGAAAACGUAAAAAUUAUGAACGAUACUAGAGGCUAUACUUUCUUCGAUAACCUUCACGAGCGUUGGCAUCUUUCGAUGCUGGCUGUUGGUGCCCAGUAUCAACGACUCGGCGUAGGUUCUAAGCUGAUUGACUGGGGUUUCGAUAUUGCGCAGAGGGAGCGCGUUCCGGUGACCCUCGUGGGGAGCCCCCUAGGUACGAGUCUGUACCGGAAGAAAGGUUUCAAAACUUGCGGUCUUAGGGAAACGACAAAGGACAUCGUCGGUACUAUUAUGCUAUGGGAACCAUCCGGGAUGGAUGGCAUGUUUUUCAAGGUCCAGGAAGAUGGGACAGUGGUCAUCAAAGAUCCACCUUCUGCAUGAGGGGCCAUCCCUGUGUAUAGCAAAAAAAUACGGCCUGAAUUCAUGCAUCUACUCAUAUAAGUCUCUUUGAAGAAUUUAUUAAGCUUGUAUCUAAUUUCUCCUUUUUGCAACAUGGGAAAUGUUCACCAAAGC